AUGUCGAGUUCUAAACCACUGUCUUCUCUAACCGUAGAAUGCUUAUUGAAGUAUUUGGAUCCGAGUUUGAGACUCCAACUCUCCGCCACCUACCCUCCAGUCCAACACCUGGAAAAAUCAAUCCCCCUGCACACCAAAUACCUGAAAUUAACAGACAAUACCAUUACGGUCAAUCAGUCUACAUAUCAAUUGACUGUCUUUGCUGAAAAUAAAGUUUAUCAAUUUGAUAUCAAUCAAAAUGCAAUGCAAGAUCUCGGGGAAGUCGAGGAAGAUCCCACUGAACUGAGGAUCGAUGUCAGACAUGGAUUUGACACAGGACCCAUGAACGUACAAAUUGCGCAACUUAUGCAACUAGCAACGGGGAGACGACGGGCUCCACGGCAGAGUUCUGGGUCUGGGAUUCAGCUGAAAAUUGGAGGAAGAAUUGAAGUACUGAGUUAUCAACGAAAGAUGCAUGAAGCUAUGAAGUACCUGCUCGGGAGACUAUUUGGAGGAAAAACUGUAAAAGUGAACCAUCUAGCCAUUGGUUGUAAAACUAUUCUUCGGAUUCCUACAAGUUUCAAGUUGCACGUUGAAAAUCUGGAGAUUCUGGAUACCAACACCUAUAACAACAUGGAAACUGUUCGCUUGAUGAUUGAAGCUUCUAGUCUACCAUUAAACAUGGUGAAGUUCCGACCUACAAACUUCACAACUAACAACCAUCCAAUUGUACGAACAGCUCGAAUGCUGUACAUCCACGCCACAUCUACUAGAAGGAGAUUUAGAGAUUUCAUCGAAGCUCUGGCAAGACUGAAAAAUAUAAGAGUUCAUGUUGAAAGCCGGGAUCUGAGCUCAGGUUCUUGGUACAUGACAGUCUUCAGAUGCUGGAUGAGAUAUGGCAAGAAAGUUGGAACUUACUACACGUUUGGUACUACAGAGGAAACUAUAAAUAGUGCUAUGAAGGUUUUUGGAAGACUUUAUGGGAGCAGGACGGGGUUUGAUGGGCAAAUCACUAUAAACUUGAAGAAGACUUCCCAAGUUGUCAUCAGAAAGGUUCAACAGGAAAAUGAGUGGAUUUUGGGAAUGAAAGUAGAAAGCCGAUGA